GUUGGAAGUUGUAUCGACAUGUCAUGUUUCUAAUAAUAUUUUCCUAAUUUUUAUUUAAACAUCAAAAUGAACUAAAUACAACAAAAUACCGUGUUAUCUUUCUUGUGAAAGUGUUAGACUUAUAGAUUUUUUACGAUGAAACCAGUGUGGAAUGUCGCAGUACAAAAUGACACUCGCUAACGCUACUGAGGAUAUGAACAGGAUUUUAGAAUAUCUUACAAGGAAUGACCAAGAAUUAGGAGAAGUAAACACAAAAAUGGACAACUUCCAACAAGACGGACUGAUGGCAGACAAUUGGCCUGCCUCCGAUGACUUCCUGGAGAAUAUUUUUUCCUUGGAGCAAGGAUCGCUGAACUUCCUCGAAGAAUCUAUGCCAGACUUCACACUAUGUCCAGAACCUGACAAUGUAUCACAACCAUCUGAGGCUUUGAGCAGCUCAUGCUCUGACAGUGGACUUUCCAGUGACCAGGCAGAAUUCGACUUCGAACAACAACUAUCGCCGUUCCUGAUCCAGAACUCUUGCGAUGAGGAAGCCGGCUCCACCACGGGUCUGGAGCCCACCAGCCCAGGGAACGCUCAGGACGUCGUCAUCGUGGACACGGACACGUCUAACAGCUCCAACGAACUCGUCGAGGCCACCUUCGAUGUGUUGGACUUCGAGCAAAACGUCGUACCAGGGUUCAUCAAUUCUAAUACAUUCCAAAGCCCGGGCAAAACCGGUAGGAAGCGUCGUCUGUCGCAAACUCCACAGGUGGUCGUCCAUCCGAAAGUACAAAAGCCAUCUGUUCGAGUCUCCGCCACCUCCGUCCAGAAACCGCAGCUGGUGGUGAAGGCUCAGUCGGAGAAGCCCGUCAAAGUGUCCAAUGUCCAAGUUUUGAGUGCACCAACUAAAGUAUACUCCAAGCCCGUGGAGACUGUAGCUCCGCAGCGGAGGGUGAUAAGAGUUGCACCCAUGGCUGGCAACCCUCGCUCUAUCCUUCUACCAGUCACAAUCAAAGAUAUGAAAGACCUCAAGUCGAUCAAGAUUAUCAACGCAGCCGAUCUCAAGAACGCAUCCAACAUCAAACUGGCGGCCGCCAAUCUCCUAUCGCAGAGCAAACUGCACGAUCUCAAAGUGGAAUCCCGCAAUGAUUAUGAUUACGACAACGCCGGCAAUCAUUGUGAUGACUCAGGCAGCGAACGCAGCGAAGAUGACGAGGAAAAAGACAGCCAGAUCAACGACGGAAAGAAUGGCUAUCCCCGUCUCGUUCUUACCGCCGAGGAAAGGCGUCUGCUAGCAAAGGAAGGAAUCACCCUCCCUACCAGCUACCCUCUCACGAAACACGAGGAGCGCGAGUUGAAGAGGAUCAGGCGCAAGAUCAGGAACAAGAUCUCCGCGCAAGAUUCUAGGAAGCGCAAGAAGGAGUAUGUUGACGGACUUGAAGAUAGAGUAAAACAGUGCACAGCGGAAAAUCAGACAUUAAUUAGGAGGAUAAAGAUCCUUCAGUCCCAGAACCAAUCGCUCACGGCACAACUCAAGAGAUUACAGAAUGUGCUAACGAGUGGCGUGACGAGCGGUCCUACGGGUAAAUCCGCGCAGCCGGCGACCUGUCUGCUAGUGCUGCUUCUGUCAGUAGCAUUGGUGGCUUUACCUUCAAUGAGGGAGGAAGUGCGAGCGCCGCGCAACGAUCAAUCGCCCGCCGCCACCGCCGUCACUAGGGCCCUACUCUCCGCCAACAAAAUGGCUCUUGACGAGACCGUGAUCGAUGAUGGCGAAUUCAACAUGGAGGAGCUGAUAACCUUCAACCGUCCCCAUUCCGACCACGACUACCAAGUGGUGAAGACCCUGGAGACACAGAAGACCACCCUGCCCAGCGGCUACGUAGACUUGCCCAUCGACGAGGACUGGCCACCUAACCUCAAAAAACGCAUGAAAAUGACAGAUGAUGGGCCUUACUUGGCCCCUAUCGUAAAAGAAGAGAACUACGAACAUUAUUACAAAAUAGAUGCCAAGAUUCGACCGGAGGACGACGCUUUGAACAUCGGCGAUGCAAACUUUUUCACCAACACACUAAUAUCGACGGGCAGGAAACUGGGCGAACUUCUCGACGCUCUCCCCCCCAUUCCGGUCAAAAACGAGGAUAUCGUCAUUGAAGAGAUCUCUGAUUUUGACACUCGCAACAACAGCACCGAAGUCAAGAGUUUCGUAGUCAACGGCACCGCGAGUGAAUUCUAAUUUUAAAUACCACUGACCAUCAAUGAAAUUGACCCACCUCUUUGUUACAUAAAAAAAAAUAAAUGCACGGAUUUUUAUGUUGCAUUUACCUGUGCACGGAUUUAAUAUGGCUUAGGAAUAUUUUAUAUAUCACUCGGAUAGAGUGCAGGUAGAAUAAUUCUAUUAGGGUUUAAAAACAUGUUAUUCGAAAAUAAAUAGGUUGGUCGAUUUCUUUGGUGACCAGUAUUAUAUUUCUUUCAAUUUACUUUACUUAGAACAUAUCCUUUAUUUUUUAUUUCUAUAUAUUACUU